ACAAAAGAGAUUUGCAUCCACUCGACUCCACUGCUGCAUCCUUCACUAUUGAUAAUAUGCGAGAGAGUGGACUCCUACAAAAUGGCGUCCUUCGUCUAAAUUUCCGCAACUCAGUAUCGUUUUUGUCUCCGAUGUCUUUUAACUCUCUGAAACCAAGACAGGCCUGCGCUGUUUGUCCAUAGAAGCCUAGUGGCGUAAAGAAGAUCCUAGCGGCCACCUAAUUUGCAUGGUAGGAGUUUAUUGCACGGCCGCCAUUUUGGUACACCCUUACCGUGUUGCGGGGUACCCUUAUACUGAAUUUUAAACACUUGUCAUUUUUAAGGGGCAGCGACACCGGGAGCCCCGGCUGGUGAAAAGUGCUAUAGUUAUACUCAGGAUAGGCUAAUAUUUCUAUAUGGCAUUGUAAAAUGCCAGCGUGUGCCGCCAUCAAUUGCACAAGCCGGCAGACUCGUGGAUGUGGAAAAUCAUUUCAUCGGUUUCCACAUGGACGACCAGACAUCUUAAAACGAUGGGUGGCAAACAUGAGACGUGAAACAUUUAAACCAUCCUUAAAAGCGGUACUGUGCUCAGAUCAUUUUGAAGAGUACUGCUUUGAUAGAACUGGCCAGACCAUUCGAUUGCGUGUAGAUGCUGUGCCAACUGUCUUUUAUUUCCCUCGAGGAAGAUUCAAAAGGGACAGGAAAUUGUACAAUCCUGCAUCACAUUUUGAAGCUGUUGAUGAGAAGCCUCAAUGCCUACCUAAGCUAACACCUGAAGAGCAGUACCUUAUCCAAGUGUCAGCUGAGAAACGUGUUACAAAAGAACAUGAUUACUGUAUUACAGACAGUCCUAAGGUGCUGAAAAAGAGGCUUGAUGAAGCCCUAAGCAACCUUCACAGCGUGAAAAGAAGACUAAAGAUCACCCAGCAAAAGUUCAGAAGGCUAAAAUUCAGGGUUCAGUCACUGGAAUUAAAUGGAUAUCCCAUGUAGAGGGCAAAGUCUUUGCGUGACUGCGGUUUUAAUAUGUUUGUAUAUAUCAGUGAUUUGAUACUCUGAUUCUGGUGUAUCAAUCUGUAUUGUAUGAAAUAGGCUCAUCGGCAACACUAUGUAUAUUUUUUUCGGUAUUUGCAAAAAGGAUUCCAGUAAUGUCAAAUGCUACAUACAUUACACCCUUUAAAUCAUACAAUAUUUAUGAGGUCAGGUAUAUUUUCCUUAUUUUGGUUCCCUCCGGUUGAAUAAUUUUUAAGAACUGUGUUUCAGGGUUUUUUUAAAUUUUAUUUUCAUUUGUUGCUGGCUGGUUUUCAAAUCAGAAGUCUGCCCUAUCCUUAGAAAUUUAGAUAAUAUUCUAAUUAAAUGAUAAUGUUGCAUCCUGUAUUUUGCACUGUCUGUAUGUGUAAGUUUUGUAUUCUGUGAAGGCUAUUUCAUUUAAAAAUAGAUUUUUCUCCCACCUGUCCAUCAAUUCAAUUCUUCUUCUUGUGCUAAAGAAUUGAUAUACAUAGAGAACAUAAGGGACCUACCACAGGCGGUCUUUUUGCUGUCCACAAUUAGCUUAUGCACUGUAGUUGUUAUGGUAACUCCCUAGCCGCCGCUGUUGGAGAAUAGAAAGGCACCAUGUCAGCAUUGUGGAGGUUUGCCCUGCUUGAUGAAGCAUCCGCAUGCAGGGCAAAUAAGUGAACACCGCAGGAGGAGGGUGGGGGCAGACUGGCAGUGGGUGUUAGAGGUGCAACACCCAUAUCUGUUAGGAGAUCAAAGCAUGGCAAAAGGGGGAGCGGGGGGAGUCAGGUAGGUGCCUGAUAGGUUCUCUUUAUUGAUUCAAAAUUAUUCUAUUUUUAACCUUUUCCUCAUACAACCUAAAUAUACCACCACAGAAUCUCCACUGAAUUCAGACAUUCUACACACAGAACAAUAGUGUGGCCUCAAACACAGAAAACUGUAAAUUAAAAGAAAAAUAAGCAACAUUGUUUUUUGGUGUGUAAGCUUUUUUAAUAGGGUAAGUAACCGUACAAAUGAGCAAUAUUACAAUUCAUCUACAGUUGUCUACACUGUAUGGUAUUAUCAAAUCAUAUGUCUUGAUCAAAAAUAGUAUGUCUUGCAGCAUCGUAAUAAUUACUAAACCCUCAUAAUAAAUUUGGCCAAAUGCAAAUGAAUUUAGCUAAAUCUCAGUGUCUUUAAAAUGUUCUGAUGCUGGUCCUUGCACUUCUUAAGGAAGACCUGUAACUUCAAAGGAUUUUUAUUAAGCUUACUAAUCCUCUAUAUUUAACAAGCAUGUGUUUCUAAGGUCUGAAAAAUAAAGUAAAUUUAGAAAUCAA